GUGUAGGAUUUGGACUUUCUUGACUAGGAAACCAAACAUUUUAUUUUACUUUUUUCUCAAUUUUCCUGUGGAUUUUGUAAAUUGUGUAAAUGCAACCCAAAGUCACAAUCCUCCUUUUGGGCCUUUCUGACUAUUGUCCAAACCAUAAAGUAAAUAUUUAACGUCCACAAAGCCGUGUCUUCAAAUAUUCUCGAACAAUAAGGUGAUAAUGUAUAUUUGGGGUUAAUAAAACACCAUAGCCUUGGAAAUAUGAUUGCAUCUUAUUAUUUAGCAUGCAAAUUGUAAGUUGCACCAACAGUUCCAUCUGAUUAUCAUUUUGUCUCCUUGAAACUUUAUCAAAAUACAAAAAUAUAGUCGUGUGUGAGUCACAUAUCUGUAGAAUAAUAAGGAGAACACAAUGACCCAGCAUUCUCUGUGGUGCUCAGAUUACAGUUUAUAAGCCAGAUUUGUCCACACGAGACAGCAGAAGACUGCUGACUGAGAGACAUCAACAUGGCACACAGUUUGACGGUAGCUGCUAUGAUUGUAAUGUCUUGUGCAGUUGAAGCAUCUCUUAUGGUGCCUCAUCAUGGCAAACCAGGUGAAUGUCCAGUCAUCUUUGAUACAUUCGACCAAGCACAAAAGUGUCAUCAUGACAGUGACUGCCCUGGAAAUGAAAAAUGUUGCACUUAUUACCAUGAAUCUGUCUGUGCUCCUCCGGUUUCAACACUACCUUGGUGCCCGAUGAUAAGAGGGGUAAGGGUGAUAUGUAAUGAACAGUGCUCUGGUAACUGGGACUGCAAACAUCAUGAAAUAUGCUGCUUCAACGGGUGUGGGCACGUGUGCAUGUCACCAGUUCGAGUGAAGCCAGGAUUAUGUGGAUACAGACGGUUCACCCCCGAUUGUCGAGGUCACGGUUGUUAUAAUGAUUUUCAAUGCCAUGGUAACCUGAAGUGUUGUUCAACAAGCUGUGGACGUUCCUGUGUAAGGCCUAUUUAUUGGCAAAGAGACUAAUGAGCUACACUCCCGGCCAGGAUGAUGUGAUCCAUUUUGUUUCCCCUUCUCAUGACCAUCCAGGAACACGAGGUCAUUUAUAUGCAUAUAUCUUUGACUGGAUAAUUAAAUGCUAAGCAGAAGAACCUGAAGAAAAGUGUUUUGAAAAAAUGCCUUGAUUAAAUAAUACAUUCAUCUCAUAUGACUGUUAUUGUCAAAAUACCUCAUGACGUAAUUAAUUUAAAAAGAAUAUCACUGAACUGUAAAUGAAAUAUUGUUGGGUGCCGAUUCAAAAUAGCUUUUUAUACGUUUUGUUUUUAACUUUUACGUUUUUAUUUAAUUUUAACUGCUUUCCUUGUCAACAUUUUGUUUUUUCGUUUUUUAAUGAUCACUUGUAGCACUUUGAAGAUCUUUUGAUGAAAAAACAGCAUCAUCAUCAUCAUCAUUAUUACUUUUAUUUAAUGUAACUAAUUAAAAGAAAAAUAAUUUAAUAAAAGGAACAUAAAUCUUGUCAUUAAAGAUGUCAAUAUAACUUGAUUUAUGCAAGAUCAGCAUGUCUUUGCAUGAUGAAGCAUACAAGACAGCUGUACCUACAGCUGUUCCUCUCAGCACGAUGUCUUGUUCUCUCAACACACUCAUCUAAAGAAUCAAUUUAAACCCUUUUUAAGGUCAAAACUAUAAGAAAAUCACUGCAACAUAACAAUACUGCUGUUUCAAUUGGAGUAAAAGUGUCCUUAAUGCAGAUUUAAAACAUACUCACUUUUUAAAUUAAGUGUUUUGAACAUGAAGUAGGAGAUAAUGAUGUAUUCUGGUAUUUAUUUUAAAAUGUGAAAAAAAAAGUAUUUUAGGAUCUAGCUGUAAUAACAUAAGUGUCUUU